ACAACCCUUCACAAAAUCCCAGAGAGAAGAAAAUUCCAGAUCCAAAUCCACCGACAAUGUCAACCACCGUCCCACCCGUCCUCCCUAUCUCCACCACCACCGUCGCCGCCGCCGGCUCCAUCGAGUCCCAAUCCCAGCCUCCGAUCGCCACCCCUGCCUUCCGCGCCUUCAUCAACCACAUCACCGACACCGUCCGCAACGGCCUCUCCCAGCGCCGCCCCUGGGCCGAGCUCGCCGACCGCUCCGCCUUCGCCAAACCCGAAUCCUUCUCCGACGCCACCGUCCGCGUCCGCAAGAACUACUCCUACUUCCGCGUCAACUACCUCGCCGUCGUCGCCUCCAUCGUCGCCGUCUCCCUCUUCACCCACCCCUUCUCCCUCGUCGUCCUCCUCGGCCUCCUCGCCGCCUGGCUCUUCCUCUACCUCUUCCGCCCCUCCGAUCAGCCCCUCGUCAUCUUCGGCCGGACCUUCUCCGACACCCAGACCUUGCUCGGCCUCGUCGCCCUCAGCGUCUUCGUCGUCUUCCUCACCUCCGUCGGAUCCGUCCUCAUCUCCGCCCUCAUGGUCGGAGUCGCCGUCGUUCUUGUUCACGGUGCUAUUAGGGUUCCGGAAGAUCUCUUCUUGGAUGACCAAGACACUUCCGCCUCCACCGGAUUCUUGUCCUUCCUCAACGGCGCAGCUUCCAAUGUUGCCGCCGCCACCGCUCCGGCAAUGGCUGCCGCUCGCGGUUGAUCAUCACCGCCAUUGGUGAAAUUAGUUGAUUCAUAUAUAGCUUCUUUUUUCAUCCCAGCAAAAAAAAACAAAUAAAUUUGACGAUUUUGUCCUAUAAAUAUAUAUGUAGGGUGGUUUUUUUUGGUGCAAUCUGUAUGGAUCUGUGUAUCUUAAUUCUGAUUUAGAUGUUAGCAAAUUCAAACUCUCAUUGUUCCCUUGUUGGAUCUGUCUAUCAGAGUCGUGGUCCUCUUUUGUUUUCCCUUUAUUUGAUUCAGAUACGAAUUGUAAUUGCUACAGAUCAUUGAUAUAAUCGAUAUUUUUUUGUUC